CCAAAAUCUACGUUCAACUUCAACCUUGGUACGAUUCGAUCAUCAAUCGAAUUCUGUUUUGAUUGUGGCGCCGAGAUUCGUAUCUCCAACAACCACUGUUAAAUCUCAAAUUUUAGAAUCCACAUAUGCAUGUUUAUGACUAUAUAUAUUAGCUAGUUGUUUGAAUCCCCAGGUUUUAGUUGGGAAAGGCAUUGGAAAGCAAGAGGAGUAGAGACUUUUAGAUAUGGCUUCAUAUUCGCCUGUAGUUCUAAUUAGCUUUCUGCUUCUCCUGAUUGGUGCUGUCGAAUGCUCGAGGCCUCGUUAUCCUCUCCCUAGCGGUCGAAAGGCGCGACGACUCCAAACAUUCCGUCCGUUCAACAUUGCUCAUCGCGGUUCCAAUGGCGAAAUCCCGGAAGAAACUGCUGCUGCUUACAAGAGAGCUAUCAAAGAAGGAGCUGAUUUCAUCGAGACGGAUAUCUUAGCCUCCAAAGACGGCCACCUCAUAUGCUUCCACAAUGUGACACUCGAUGACACCACCAACAUAGCCAACUACCCCAAGUUUGCCAACCGGAAAAGGACUUACGAAGUCGAACGAGUAAAUGUCACCGGUUACUUUGUAGUCGAUUUCACAUUGCAAGAGCUGAAGUCGUUGCGAGUCAAUCAAAGAUACUCUUUCCGUGAUCCACAGUACAACGGAAUGUUUUCCAUCCUCACAUUCGACGAAUUCAUCCAAAUUGCGCUGGAUGCUCCCCGCAUUGUCGGGAUAUACCCCGAGAUAAAGAGCCCCGUCUUCAUAAACCAACGAGUGUCAUGGCCCGAUGGCAAGAAAUUCGAGGACAGAUUCGUCGGGACGCUUAAGAAACACGGGUACAAAGGAUCAUACCUAUCCAGACAAUGGCUGAAGCAACCAGCCUUCAUCCAAUCCUUCGCGCCGUCAUCUCUUCUCUACACGUCGAAGCUAACCGACCUCCCCAAAGUUCUCCUCAUCGACGACAUCACCGUCCGAACCCAAGACACAAACCAGUCGUAUUGGGAGAUAACAUCCGACGAGUACUUCGACUACAUCAAGGACUACGUUGUGGGGAUCGGUCCGUGGAAGGAUACCGUCGUCACCACAUCCAACAACUACACUUUGACACGAACCAACUUGGUCGAUCGAGCGCACAACCAUAACCUUCAGGUGCAUCCCUACACAUACCGCAAUGAGAAUCAGUUCCUGCACUUCAACUUCAGCCAGGAUCCUUACAAAGAAUACGCUUUCUGGAUAAAAGAGAUGGGCGUCGAUGGAUUGUUCACAGAUUUCCCCGGCAGCCUUCGUCAGUAUCAGGAUUGGACUCAUCCUUCAUCAUCGUCUUAAUUCUCAACAUUAUUAAGGAAGAUGCAUCUAAACAUGCACUAAUUUUUCUUUUUUCUUUCUUCCAUGUUUUAGUACAAAUGAAGGAAAAAUAGCCAAAAUACUUCUAUUAU